UGGCGGGUGCCGGCUAUGGCGGCGUCACUGCCGCGACCCAAGAACCGGCUCUUCCGAACGUAUGGGGCUGCCGGCGGCGGGGGGCCGCGGCAGCGGCCGGGCCGCGCAGCCGCGCAGUGGUUCCCGCCGCAAGACCAGAAGCGUUUCUUCAGCAGCAGCAGUAGCACCGACACCAGCGGCGGAGGCCACUCAAGGUCUGUGGCCUCCGACAACCCUGACGACCCCGACUUCCCCGGCAGCCCGGUGCGUCCGCGGCGGAGGCGCGCUGGCCGGCGAACCUGCACGGACGGCCCGAGCCAGAUCGCGACCCCACGACGCCUGAGGCUGCGAGCUCGGCCCCCGCAGAAGUGCAGCACCCCCUGCGGCCCGCUCCGGCCGCCACCCUUCCUCAGUGCGUGCGGCCGGCCCGGAGACGGUGGCGAGCUGGGCACCAGCGCCUCCCUGUUCAGCUCUCCGGCCUCUCCCGGCCCCGGCCCUGGGUCCCCAGCGCCAGGAGACAGUGUCGUCAGUGCCGUUCCCUCCGCCUCUCUGGACGCAGCCUCUGAAGCGAGCGGCCUCCACCUCCCAGCAGACUCCCUGGACCACACACCUCUACCCUGCUCCCCGGAGGCAGCACCAGGAGGAGGCAGGUUCGCCAGGUUGGCCCGCCAGGCCCGUGCCAGCCUCAGGUCAGCUCUCUUGAGCCUUGUGGACUCAGAAAACCCUGAGGAUUCUGAGUUUGGGGCAGAUGGUAAGAAUAUGAGGGAGUCCUGCCGUGAAAGGGAACUGGUGGGGAAGAGACUGGAGGGCCCAGGUUUAUCAAGCAUCGGUAAGAAGAGGGCCACAGACCAGGACUCUUGUCAAGAAAUUGGGUCUCACGGGGCUGUCCAGAUAGAAUAUGAGGAGGCCAGUGGUGGCAAGGGCUGUAUUGUACCUGGGGAAUUCAACAGACCUGAGAGAACUCGACCAAGCCAGAAAAGGAAACAUCAGGAGACAGUGGACACCUCCCUCCUCCAUUACCACCAGUUUAAAGAGGGCCAAGAGAUGGAAAAAGAUUCUUUCCUCUCCCAGGACCUGACUCAUUUACAGAAUGCCUGCUCUUGGACCAAAGCCAGGGCUUCCUUCAGUUUGCAUAAGAAGAAGAUGGUGACCACUGUGUCAGAAGUGUGCAGCAGCUACACCAUGGACAGUUCUCUCUCCGGGUCCCUCAUAUCAGAAUAUUCAAACCCUCCUGUCACGAACAGAACAAACAGUGCCCUGUCCCCUUGGCACUCCUCUUCCAUGUAUUUGCUAGCCCCCUUAAAGACACUACAUGUCGCAAACAAAAAGCCAUCUGAUGCUGAAAAGGUUUAUGGGGAAUGCAAUCAGGAAGGUCCUAUCCCCUUUAGCUAUUGCCUUUCCACAGAAAAACUGGAAUGCUGUGAGAAGAUUGGGGAAGGGGUGUUUGGCGAAGUGUUUCAAACAAUUGCUAACAACACACCCGUAGCCCUAAAAAUCAUUGCUAUCGAAGGACCGGAUUUAGUCAAUGGAGCCCAUCAGAAAACUUUCGAGGAAAUCCUGCCAGAGAUCAUCAUCUCCAAAGAGCUGAGCCUCUUGUCUGAUGAGGUAUGCAACCGCACAGAAGGCUUUAUUGGGUUGAACUCAGUGCACUGUGUUCAAGGAUCUUACCCUCCCUUGCUCCUCAGAGCCUGGGAUCGCUAUAACUCAACCAAAGGGUCUGCAAAUGACCGCCCUGACUUUUUUGAGGAAGACCAGCUCUUCAUUGUGCUGGAAUUUGAGUUUGGAGGGAUUGACUUAGAGCAAAUGAGAACGAAGUUGUCCUCCUUCGCUACUGCGAAGAGCAUUCUACACCAGAUCACCGCAUCCCUCGCAGUGGCAGAGGCCUCCCUUCACUUUGAGCACCGAGACUUACACUGGGGGAACGUGCUCUUAAAGAAAACCAGCCUCAAAGAGCUCCAUUACACCCUCAACGGGAAGACAAGCGCUAUCCCCACCCGUGGGCUGCAAGUCAACAUCAUUGACUACACCCUGUCACGCUUGGAGCGGGAUGGGAUCGUGGUUUUCUGUGACGUUUCCAUGGAUGAGGACCUAUUUACAGGUGAAGGUGACUACCAGUUUGAGAUCUACAGGCUAAUGAGGAAGGAGAACAAUAACUGCUGGGGUGAGUAUCACCCCUAUAAUAAUGUGCUCUGGCUGCAUUACCUCACAGAUAAGAUUCUGAAUCAAAUGACCUUCAAGACUAAAUGUAACACCCCUGCCAUGAAGCAAAUGAGGAGAAAGAUCCAGCAUUUCCAUAGGACAAUGCUGAACUUCAGCUCUGCCACUGACCUGCUCUGCCAACACAGUCUAUUUCAAACUCUAGUUUUUAUGCCUUUGAGAAUCCAUGGUCACUCUGGGAAAAGAUGUGAUCUUUACAGAGUAAAAAACAGGCCUCUGAGUACCUGAGUCUUUGUCACAUUCUUCACUGUUACAAGCUGGAGACCUUGUAAUUUGAUUGGAACACAAAUUUGCAGCUGGAAUUUGGCUCCAAAACGAUUUUCCCCAUGUAUCUGCAAAAUAAAAUCAGAGUGGGGAGUCAAAGCUGGUGUUGCUUUGCCACCUGUGGCUUUGCAGUGAUAAGCACUCAGCACUUACAUUGAAGAGGAAUUCUUUGUGGUCAGCAAGCCCCUGGCUUGUGUUCACGUACAUCACUGAAGGUCUGCAAUUGAGAGGACAUGUGUUAGGCUUCAAGGCCCCCUCCUCAUUUUAAAUGAACCUGAAUGCUACCAACUGGAUACACUAGGACAGAGGGCCCCAGAUCCUUAAGGAGUCAACGCUGAAGAUCAAAAUGUAAAGUGGUGCUAGGGCAGUUGGGAUCAGGUGGAAUAUCUGACUGUUGUAUAUCUGGGCUGGUUCUGUGUCUAAUUAUCAUUCCUCAGAGUGGCCUUACUUUUCUCCUUCCUUUCUUCCCAAUCCCACAGUCUCUUUUCCCUCCUUAGCAUCAUGUCAGUACCCUUUUGUAACAAGAUCAGUUGGCACAGCUCCCCCUUUGACUACUAACAGGACUCAACUGUUAGUGCCCUAGAGAUCGGUGGGAGCCUGGGUUCUAAGCAGCCUCCUCUCAGGGAAGGGCAGUGCCCACACCCACCCUGACCACCAGUUCCAUCCACAAGAGAGAUGCCUGAAGCUGUCCUGCAGGGAUUGGCCCCUUGGAAGUACUUACUUGGGAAGAACCGCAAUGAAGGCAUGCCUGAAUUGAAGGCUGUGGGUCUCUCUGACUAAAGACCUUCUUUCAUUGGAACUAGGAAAUAAGAAUAUCAGUUCACAGCACACCUGCUUUGUACACACAGCUGCCUCUGUGCCUUGGCUUCCAGGGGUCAUUGAGGGUCAGAUAAGAAAAGACUCUUGGAGGGCCGGCCCUGUGGCUUAGUGGUUAAGUGCGCGUGCUCUGCUACUGGCGGCCCGGGUUCGGAUCCCGGGCGCGCACCGAUGCACCGCUUCUCCGGCCCUGCUGAGGCCACGUCCCACGUACAGCAACUAGAAGGAUGUGCAACUAUGACAUACAACUAUCUACUGGGGCUUUAGGGAAAAAAAAAAAAGGAGAAGGAUUGGCAAUAGAUGUUAGCUCAGAGCCAGUCUUCCUUGGCAAAAAGAGGAGGAUUAGCAUGGAUGUUAGCUCAGGGCUGAUCUUCCUCACAAAAAAAAAAAAAAAGACUCUUGGAGAUAAGCAAUUAGAGUGCAGAAUACUUGCUAGAAAAGUCUUAGAGAAACAUUGAUUUUAAAAGCGUUUCUCAACUUUGACAAUAUUGGAAUUUGGGGCCAAAUAAUUCUUUGUGAGAGGCUGUUCUGUAUAUUGUAUGAUAUUUAGCAGCAUCCCUGACCUCUAACCACUAGAUCCCAGGAGUGCCCCCCAAGUUGUGGCAAUCAAAAAUGUCUCCAGGCAUUGCCCCUGGGGGGCAGAGUUGCCCCCGUUUGGGAACCCUUUGCCAACACCAUACCCCCCGACCCCCAAACAGAAGUUUUGCAGAUGACAGAGCUUCUCCAAAGUUAAAUGAACUAGAAUCAGAACUCCAGUCCAAGGCUCAUUCUAUCAGACAAUACCAAUAGUUUUACUUCGUGUGUCAAUAAAAGAAUGUUUUAAAUAUCCUUGAUAACAAGAAGGGAACGCCAAGUCAGUGCUUUUGUGGGCUCACUGAGGUUCCUCUUCUUCCUGGGCAGUGAGGGAGCCAUAGCUCCUACACAUGCACGUGGGAGGGAGAUUUCUUCCAGGGCCACAGCCUCGGCCUGCUGUGACACAGGCACUACUUACUUGGUGACUGUCACAGUGAUGUCGGCUGUCCUGUUUGGAAAGGCAUUCUCCUCUAGCUGCCAAACUACUGAAAAGUUUGCCUAUUUGAAAAAAAAAAAAUGGUCACUUGAUUCCUCUCUAUACCACUCACAAUUCAAACUGCUUCCUGCUAACUAAACAGACUUGGGAAACAAAAUUCAUAUUCCUCACAGUUUUGUAGCACAGCAUGCUUCCACAUCCAUUAUUCCGUGUAAGGCUCACAAUGUCAAUAUGAAGUAAGCAGGGAAGACAGCAUUAUUCCCUUUUUAUAGCUGAGGAAACCACUUUAGAGAUUUCCCACAGCACACAGAUCGUCAGCGGCAGAGCAGGGACUCACCUCAGGACUAAUAACUUUGGGCCUGAUGCUCCUUCCAUACUAACCCCAACUUCACUCUGCCGUACGGGGUGAGCCAACAGUUUGCCUAGGCUGUAUCCCCCACCCCAUUGCUCCCUACAUUCAGAGCGAAUUUGGCAGUUCUAAGCACUGCUAUGGAUUGUACAGUAAGGGGAAGUGUGGAGACCACAACUGAGAGAUUCAGAUGAAACUGGGAAGUAGAAGACUCCAACUCCAGGGUAGAGAAGAGUCUGCCCAUCAAAACAGACUCACAGACGACCUCUUGAGGACAGGAUGACCGAUCUUGCAGUUCAUGACCAGGACAGAAGCAGCCGGCUUAGGGUCAUCACACUGAAUGUUUGGAGAAGGAGGCUGUUAACACAGAAGACGACCCCAUUCUUAAAGAGCAAGAAAGGGAGCUGUUUCCUCACACCAGUUAAACAAACACUCACUGAUUUUCCAUAUGCCAGACACCUGCCAGGAGCUAGGGACACAAAUCAAUCAGACCUGGUCCCUGUCUUCCUCACAAGCUGGGCAGGAGGGCUCAGUAGUAGAUGGUUGAGGAAUUUAAAUACAAGGCCUAAAGGGUGGUUCUGUGAGAGAGGUCCAGAGAAAAAGGUGAAUUCCAACUAGGAGGAAUCUGUAAAGUCUUCAUGGGGAAGGAGACAUUUGAACUGGGCCUUGGACCACUGCAAAUUUAACCUACUGAGAGGGGCUGGAAGGCCAGCGUGAGUCCAAGCACUGCCAUGCAGCCUUUCUCAACCAUGGUUCCUCAUCUGGACCCCUAAUACAGAAAAUGAUUUGAGUGACUAUUUUCUUAAUUCUCCCAAGGAUAGUGCACCACUAGUUCCAUUCCAGAUGCUUAGGAGACAAUUUCAUUCUUUUCAUAUAGUGGAUGAUGUCCUAGCCCGAAUAGCCUAAGACCCCCAGGGACAAACCUGCAGUUUGACAAAGCCAGGUUUACUGACUCAUUACAAUGCACUGUGGUGUGUCUCCCCAAACACCAGAAAAGACAGAGUUAUUAAAGGAUUCUGGGUUAGGAUGGAGUUCUGGUGAAAUGUAAAUGAAGCAGUGUUUUGAUAGGCUCAGAUCAACAGGGCUUUUUUGAUAAAGCAGGGCUGUGUGUAAAAGGGUCACUCAACAUCAGGUCUGGACCCAGGGCCCCAUUUCCCUGGAAACUGUUAAGAUGGAUGUGGAAAGUUGUGUCCAGAAAUGCUUUAUCUGAAGCUCCGUGCUUUAGAUGGAAAUUGAGACUGCUUCUCUUUGUCAAAGUGACUCAGAUUCUCCAGUCCAGAGUGAGAUGGUUUCAUAAUUACAGACAUAACUUCAGACAGCAGUUUCUGAUUGCCUCUGAUUUUAGAGAACAAAAUUUCUCAGUGUUAUGAUACUUUACAGCUGCAGGAGAAAUAUUGUUUCUUGCGAGAAAUAUUGUUUCCCACUAUCUUGCAGCUGGCUUUAUAUCUGUGAUCCCAAGCUGAUGAAUGGCAGGGCACACUCUUACUUUCCCAGUUUAAGCUAAUUUAUUAGAGAUUAUUUCUCUCUCAGCACCCUGGUUAAGAAAGCCUGCAGGCAAGGAGGAGUGAUUGGGUAGCAAAACAGCACCAUUGAAGGUUUUGAAGGCAGAGAAUGGCAUGAUUGGAUCCAUGGCAUGUGGUUGGAUUGGAGGGGAUUCAUCUAGUUAAUAAUCAUUUAUUGGAUGGACCAGGAUGAGGCUGGAGGAAGACCAGUUAGGAGGUUGCCAUGAAAAAGCAGGAAUGCAGGGAGGGAAUACCAGGAAUGGCAUGUUUCCAAAACUGCCGUCAUGGUUACCUUUUGUAUCCUCUUAAACUGUAAGUUCCUGGGGUAAUUCAAAGCCAUGCUUGUCAUGUAGGAAUCUUCCCCAGAGUUAAUUAGACUAAUGUUCAUGGUCAGCUCCUUUGUGAGACCCACCACCAAUUCCUGCCUGCACAGGGUAGGCAAAUAGAUAAGAGUUACCAGUUUAUUUCAUCUGUAAAAACCUUGAUGCAAUACAAUAGCACAUUCUUAACUAGCUUCUUAGAUAAACUGCCCAAAGGAUACAUUUAGUCUAGGUUUUCUUCCCCCGGAACAUAAGCAAACACCUGGACUACCAGACCCACCUCAGCUGCUGUGUGAGAUGAUAAUGGCUACCAUUUACUUAGUGCUGACUAUGUGACAGGGACCGUGCUAAAUGCUUCACGUGCUCAAUUACUUCUCAGAAUAACCCUAUGAAAGAGUACGGUCACUCUGCAUUUCAAAGAGAAGGAAACAGAAGCCAAGAGAGGCUAAUUAAUUUGCCUGAGGUCUAGCAGCCUCAAAAGGGAGUUGGGAGAAGUGAAUCUGAAUCUUCUUUCUACCACCAAUUCACUGUGCUUACACUAGGCAAGGUACUUCAUCACACAAACUCCUCCAUUUCCCAUGUGUUUAUGGAGCACUUUCUCUGUGCCAGCUACGCUGCUCAGCAUUGGAGAUCAGCGGUGCAGGAGACAGACACUGUUCCUGCCCUUUUCUUGGCUUCAGCUUUCUCACCCACAACAUCAUUCAGGCCCUUCCAAUCUAAAGGCUGUGUUUUAAAACAUGGGUCUGUUCAGCCUGGAGAAGAGGAGACUUGGGGAUUGGUGAGAGCUUCCUGCAGUCCACUGAGGUACUGUGGGGCCCCAGAGUGCAGAACCACUAUCAGUAAUUGAGACCUGCAGGAAAACAUAUUAACAAUACAAAGAAAACUAACCCUCUGAAACAUUCAAAGAUGGAACGUGCAGCUCUGGGAAGUAAUGUGACAUGUGUUUUGUUGUGUUUUUGUUUUUAUCAGUUGAGAAGGCGAUAGAUUGAUUGGAGGGAGAGAGGGGGCCACGACAGAGCCUGCUGUGGAAAUCCACUGAGAGAUGGCACAUGUCUGAAAGUAGACAGUGGUAGUGGGGAUGGAGAGAAGGGAUAGAAACCAGAGAUGGUAAGGCCGUAAUGCAAGCAGAGCAAAAAAGAGGAGUCAAGGAUGAGUCCUGCGUUUCCACCUUGGAUGACGGAGUGAGGGAGAGAGCACAGGAGGAAGACUAGAGGGCGGAAGCUGACCAGAUGAGUUCAGUCUGGGCCAGGCUGAGAGGUGCCCAUAGGCUAACAAGGGAGAGAUGUUGAAAUGUCAGUUGGAUAUACUGUUGUAGAGCCCAGGAGAGAGAUCUGAGAGUCAUCAGAAGUUUUAGCAGGGGUUCUUAAUUUGAGGGCCAGGGACAGUUUCAGAGGGCCUCAAAUGCAAACACUGAUGUAUGCACACGUGGUCUUCUAGGGAGAAGGGUCUGCAGUUCUCCUUAGAUUCUUUUGGAGAUUCGUGUCCACAAAAAGGUCCAAAACCACUGAGACAUUUGGAUGCUAACGAUUAGACUCAAUACUUUUGAAAAAAGAAGAGACUGCUUGCUCUGUACACUAGGGGCUGAUGUAGGGCCAGCUGUGUGUGCUGUAUCUAUUUCACUAGGAGUUGGCUGGGACGGUGGUUCUUGGCUGUAAUUAAUUCCUUGUUGGAAACAGCUGCAUCUGCUGGUUAGGCUGGAUUCCAAAGCACUCGAAAGUCUUGAAUUGAAUCCUUAGUGAUUUAGAUGAUCAGCACUAAGCCAUCCACAUCUGAAACACAAGUCCUGCAAAUGUCUCUGAGGGGGCCUACCAGGACUCAGGGACCAACAUUCUUCCCCAUGGAUGCCAACUCUGGCCAACUGGCCAUCAGUACCAUGUUACACACACAGCACUAGUAGCCAGGGAGGGCAUUUUAAGACCACCACAUGUCCAAAACCAAACUCAUGAUCUCUUCUUCCCCGCCCACCUUCCAAAACCAUUCUUCCAAAGGUUCCCCAAUCGGUUCUUGGCAUCACCACCAUUCUAGAAUUCAGUAUCAUCCAACAGAACUUUUGCAGUAAUGGAAAUGGUCUAUAUCUGUGCUGUUCAAUAUCACUAGCCAUAUGUGGGUACUGAGCACUCAAAAUGUGGCUAGUGCAACUUAGGAACUAAAAUUUUAUUUUUAUUUAAUAAUUUUAAUUUAAAUAGCCAAAUGUGACUAGUGGCUACUGUGUUGGACAGCCCAGUCCUAGAUGCUCAGGCUGAAACCUUGAAAGACUUCUUAGACCUCUCCCUUUCUCUCACUCCCCACAUCCAAUCUGUCAUCAAAUCCAGUGGGCUCUAACAUCAAAAUA